UGUCCACCCGUGGUGCUGAAGGAACAGCUCAGUGAGUCCCGUUGCUUCACUCCUCACAGAGUCUGUCGCAAUGAAACAGUCCGGUGCUCCCUCAUCACCAUCAGUCUUCAAAGUUUGUGGCUCAUUUAAUUUGCCCUGACCAUGAAGAGACAAAACAUUAGGACCCUCGUGUUAAUCAUCUGCACUUUCACUUAUUUGCUCGUCGGAGCGGCCGUUUUCGACGCUUUGGAGUCGAAGAUGGAGAUCACCCAGAAGAAGGUCCUGGACGAUCGGAAACGGGAGCUCAUGGACAAGUACAACUUGAGCAAAGUGAAUUUUGACGAGCUGGAGCGGGUCGUGCUGCAGCUGAAGCCGCACAAGGCUGGGGUCCAGUGGAAGUUCGCUGGAUCGUUUUAUUUCGCCAUCACUGUUAUCACCACUAUAGGAUAUGGCCAUGCGGCGCCCAGCACAGAUGGCGGGAAGGUGUUCUGCAUGUUCUACGCACUCCUGGGGAUCCCCCUUACCUUGGUGAUGUUCCAAAGUCUGGGUGAACGCAUAAACACCUUUGUAAAGUAUCUGCUGCAUCGGGUCAAAAAGUGUCUUGGCCUUCGGCACACCGAGGUCUCCAUGGCCAACAUGGUGUGCAUCGGCUUAAUAUCUUGCAUGAGCACACUGUGUGUUGGGGCAACCGCCUUUUCCCGCUACGAGGACUGGAGCUUCUUUCAUGCCUACUACUACUGCUUCAUAACGCUAACCACCAUCGGCUUCGGGGACUACGUGGCAUUGCAGAAGGAUAAUGCUUUACAAACCAACCCCCAGUACGUAGCCUUCAGUUUCAUGUACAUUCUGACUGGGCUCACGGUCAUUGGAGCCUUCUUGAAUCUUGUAGUGCUACGUUUCAUGACCAUGAACGCCGAAGACGAACGCCGUGAUGCCGAACAGCGCACGUUGCUGUCCCGCAACAGGCACUCUAUAGGGGCUGGAAACAACCACUGUAUGACUGACCCACCAUCGUCUUCUAGUGCGGGUCAUGGAGGAGGGUCGGGGAAGGGGUUGUGUAAUGUCUAUGCAGAAGUGUUGCAUUUCCAGUCCAUGUGCUCUUGUCUCUGGUACAAAAGUCAGGAGAAGAUGCGUUACUCCAUUCCUAUGAUUAUCUCUCAUGAUCUGUCCACUUCAGACACCUAUAUGGAGCACAGUGAGACCUCUGACGCCCUGCACUCCAAUGGUUGUGUGUGCAAUGCCUUGCAGGAGCACUCCGCAACCAGUUCGGUGUACACUGGCCUGCUCAGCCCAGCACAUUACCAAAGACUCUCCAAACGCCGCAGCUCUAUCUAGGGGGGCUGCAGGAUGUAUCACAUGUGAAUCUUUUUCGCCUUACAAAACCAACCACUGUUAUACAUUGGGUUGAAAAACUACUGCUUCUAAGCUGCUUGGAUCCUCUGUCAGUCAAAUAUUUGUAAUGUAGUGAUAGACUGGGGAGAGCAGCCUGUCUGCAGGUCCUGAACGCGAACAAGAGGCAUACAGUAGCAGCAUGCAAUAAAAACACAGUACAGGCCUGUAUUUUAUUAAUUAUGCUUUGAGGUUUUGGAGAAAAGGAAGAACACAAAUUCUCCUUUGAACUCUUUGUUAAGCGAAGUGGAAACAAAUGCAAGCAUUUAAAAUUGAACAGUCACAAAGUGUCAGGCAUUUCUGAUUUUGAUGUUGGAGUAGAUAGAGUACCCACAUAACCCCUAAGGGUAUCUAUUUUGGGAUGCAACAGCCUCAACGAUACUUUAUUAUCUUUACAUA